CUACAGGAGGGGAAAAAAAAUUCUUCCAAGACCCCCUUUACUUCAUUUCUCCACAUCUUAUUCUUGCUGUUUUCAUCCUAGACCGACACUCCCUUUAAUUUUCACAAUAUUGCCUCCUGUCCUGAGAUUCCUUCUCACCUAGCCAACCUCCAUAUACGAGUAUGCUCACAAUUUCCAUGGAGGUGAAUUUUCUGGAUUUCAUUUCCAUGUCUUGCCAUUUUUCAAUGCUUGUAUUCUGUACCCAUCACAACACAGAAAGCCAGAACAGGAAGAAAUGAAGGAUGACAGCAUGGAGGAGCAGCAAAGGGUGCUGGGGUCACCCCUCAAGUCCUGGGAAGAGCUGAAGGCCAUUUGGCAACAGGUGGAGGUGUAGGCACGGAUGGACUCUGCACCAGCUCCCAUAGAAUUGCUCAGAGUAACACAGGAUGGUUUGCUGCAUCCCAUAGCAGGCAGGAAAAUAUAAUGAAGAUCCCAAAGACCAGACCACUAGCCCAGAUGUUUUGUGUCUCCACUGAGCAGUCACAUAGAAGAGGCCCUGGCCCAUGCACAGACCGAUCUAUGAAAUCCCCAGGCUUGCAUCAGGCCACGUUAUAAUUAGACAGGUGAUUGUAGAAUUAUCUGCAAUAAGUGUGGAGGCUUUGGGGGGAACACAGUGAUGGACCCUGCAUUCUCCAAACGGAACCAGGCGCUGAGAAUAGUAGACUUGGCAGGGGCUCAUCAUCAUCAUCACCACCACCACCCCCCUCAGACUAUGACAGGCUUCCCGGGGUACGUGGGUCAUUCCCACUCAAUGGCUCAUGUGCACCCUGGGGAGUAUGCUGCUGAUUCUCGCCUAGGGCCAAGUCCUGCAUUCCGGCCAGAACACAUGGGGCACCAUCCAGCGGCCCUCAAACUCAGCCCUGCCCAUAACCACCACCACCAUCACCUCCACCACCAGCACCACCACCAUCAUAUGCCAGCAGGCCAGGCUGAGGCUGCCUCCAGUCCACCAGGAGCAUUUGUCCCGGCUCCCUCCUACACAGCUCAGUCUAUCCCUGCAGGUAGGGACUUUCUAAUAGGCAGGGAUCUGACAGUUCAAGUGAUGCCAGGGCUGAGUGAUCAACACUCUGCAGCAACCUCUCACCAUGGCAUGUUUGUCUCAACGACAGGUAGCUACCCUGGGCAGCAUGGCCACCACGCGGAGCCUGGAAACCAUCCCUACUUCUCUGGACCUCAUCAUGAGCAGCAUUCCCAUGCAACCCCAGGUGGCCAGCCUCUAAACGGACAGAUAAGAUUGGGGCUACCUGGAGAUAUGUACAGCAGCAGGUCUGAUCAUUUCACUCAAUCAGUGUCUAGGACAGAUCCUUUCUCCUCCGCUUCUCUUCAAGGCUACGCUGGCAUGAACCUGAACAUGAACCUAGCUCCUCACCACGGACCAGGAGCCUUCUUCAGAUACAUGAGGCAAGCGAUCAAACAAGAACUCAUCUGUAAGUGGAUAGAAGAAGAGGAGCUGCCCAAAAAACAUUGCUCCAAAACUUUCAGCACCAUGCACGAGCUGGUCACCCAUGUCACAGUGGAGCACGUUGGAGGACCCGAGCAGUCCAGCCACAUCUGCUUCUGGGAAGAGUGUGCUAGAGAAGGCAAGCCUUUCAAAGCCAAAUACAAACUGGUCAACCACAUCAGAGUCCACACAGGGGAAAAACCCUUCCCAUGCCCCUUCCCUGGCUGUGGGAAAGUCUUUGCCAGGUCAGAAAACCUGAAAAUCCACAAAAGGACUCACACAGGGGAAAAACCCUUUAAGUGCGAGUUUGAAGGCUGCGACAGACGCUUUGCCAACAGCAGCGACAGAAAGAAACAUUCCCACGUCCACACCAGCGACAAACCGUAUAACUGUAAAGUGAGAGGCUGCGACAAAUCGUACACACAUCCCAGCUCUUUGAGGAAACAUAUGAAAGUGCACUGCAAAUCUCCACCUCCCAGCUCAGGCUAUGAAUCCUCCAUCCCUUCCCUGGUGUCCCCUUCUUCUGAUUCAGGACAGGACCCUGCAGCCACCUCUUCUCACACUGAUCGCCUGUCCUCCUCCUCCCAGGCCAAUCUGAGUGAAUGGUAUGUGUGCCAAGGCUCAGGGGCAAGUGGCAUCCCUACCCCCCCUAGCCACACUCCUUCACCUGAACAUCGAAAGGCUUCCUACAACAACUGUGACUCUAGGCCGAAUUACUAGGACUCCUCUCAGCCCAGUGCAGCUCGCUGGAAUGAGAAAUACUAAUGACUGGAGAGAUCGCCCUUGUCUGUGCCUGUUAUGGAGUAGGGAGUGGGCUAAUGAAUGGGACUGGUGGCUAGCAUCAUUGCACAUGGGACGUGAUCGCAAAAGCUAUAUGUGUGUGUGAGUGUCUCUUGGAAGUGGACAAAUAAAAUUCUACCCAUUCUCCGUGUUUGAUCAGAAAGCACACUAUUGAGAAUGUACUACCCUGUCUGAUUACUGAUCACCCUUCAGGAUCAACCUUAUCAAUGAGCCAAAGUCAUUUCAUUAUUGAGGGUUCCCAACCGCUACCCACUGCUGUCUGCCAUGCUCCUUCCCACGGUGUUCUCAGAUCUUUGUGCUAGUGCUUUUCUAAACUUGUCAUUCUUUUGUUACUGCUUUGUAUAAAAAGAACAACAAAAGUAUUUUAUUAGUUGUCAUGGUCAGUCAAAUGUAUAUACAGAGCGAUCAGAUGGCUCCAGGCUGGUGUAUAUAUUUCUUCUUUGUUUCUGAUGGAAAGGGACCAAACCUGGCCGCAUGGACUAUUGUAUAGAAGGUGUAAUUAUUUUAUUAUAAAAAAUGUUCACAGUGAUGUGCAAAAAUCGGUAUUGUACAGGCAGAGUAUCAGACAUGUUUGUGACGUCAUAAUGGCUUUUCAAAAGAGGGGCGACUUGCAAGAACAUAUUUCAUGUACUGUAAAAUAAACUUUUUUUGUACCAAGGAAA